AUGGAGCAGAUCAAAUCACACACGACGCAACUUCUUAACGAUCAGGAUGCACGACUUGCACCCUAUGUCCGCGCUCCUCCGAAGAGCAGACGACCUGCUCGAAAUAAUACAUCCGGUGUGCUGCAGAAGAAGAAGACUGGCCUGCGCACUGAAGGAGUCGCAGUUCGAGUGGCCCACAAGAGCGGCUACCCUACCUUGUUCAACCGCAUGCUGGGCCAACUGUUUGUUGCAUAUACUGGAGUGCCAUAUCUCAGCCAGAAGUGCGACUCGGAGGCGUGUAAACGAUCGCAGGCCCCACGUAUCUACGUUGAAUACUGGUUCCCUCUCGGGUUCUGCUGGUCCCAGAUACUUCAACUUCAGGUUGGAUUUCAAUCAAAUCUAGGACUGCAAUUCAGUCUGAAAUCUCUUCGAAGAGUUCCUGAUUCGGCGCAAUGCGUCCAUUACACUAUGGAUGGUAAUAUCGAGGGGUUGAAAGACCUUUUCAAGCGGGGUCUAGCUUCUCCACUGGACGUCAGUAGCACUCGUGGUUACACGUUACUCCGAGAAUGGGCAGUAUAUGCAAAGCAAUACGAGACUGUUAGAUUUUUAGCUAUUGCAGGUUCCGAUCCCGAUUAUAGGCCGAUAGCCCAGACAGACAACAGCGCUCGCAACAAGGCCUUUGAUGCCCUCCUUCAAGGGGCUCUCGACAAAGAAUCCGAAGAAAACGUCCGGUGCCUGACAGCCUCAAGCGACUGGGUCGAGGAUCAAAACUUCAGCAAGCUGCACAAGAUUACUUGCGGAAUUCUGCCGCUGGAUUUAGAAAAGGAAAUCUUGGAUGAUGUGGCACAGGUUGACAUGACCGAUGCAAUGGGUCGCACCCCGUUGUUAUGGGCUGCAGCACGAGGAGAUCACACGUCGGUCAAGAUUCUUCUUAGUCACAACGCCGAUCCCAACAUCGUGGACACGUACCUCGCACCUCCAGUGUCGUACGCGGCUGAUAGGGGUCACACCCUAUGUGUGCGGCUGUUGCUCGAGGCCGGUGCCCUGGCAGAGCCAAAGCUGCCACCUGGAGUGAAAUUAGGUAGCCCGCUGAACUGCGCUGCUCGGAACGCUAGGGACCCUGUACUACUCAAGUAUUUAUUGACCUAUGGCGCCGACGUUGAUUCGACAGGAGUGGAUGGCAAUACUGCUCUCAUCCAUGCUGCUCGUCUUGAUAAUGUCAGCUUCGCUAUCUUACUUCUGGACAAUAAUGCCAAUGUCAAUGCAAUCUCGAUCACCGCUGCUACCCCUCUGACGACUGCAAUAACUUAUAACAGCCAUCGAGUCCUCCAGCUUCUCUUAGAUCGAUGGGACGAGUACACCGAGUGCCCACGUCUCAAAGGUCCUCACUUGCUCCAGAUCACCGCACUAUAUGCCGACCUGGAGACAGUGAAGAUACUCACAGCUACCGAUCACGUUAAAUUGAAUUAUGACGACAAUUUUACUCUGGGGGACUUUGCGAAACGGUCGGCCAAUCGCUUGGAUGUGACAGAUGAGCUGAUCGAGGCAUUCGACGACUUGCUUCUUGUUUGCAAGCAGAAGCCACCGGGGAAGCAAAGCACAGAGAACCUAAUGGAGGCGGGACUUCUUUCGCGUCCUCCUUCAAAGCUAGCCGUUUUAUACGAGACCGAAAAGGAGGCGGCGGACGUUUAUGGGCUAGAGAACCCUGUCCCCCGUCUAUACAGUGAUGAUUCGGAUGAAGAACUUGUGUAUGAAGAUGCUGUGGAGGGUUCGGAUGGGUUGGAUUUGAAUGCCCAAGAUCUUGAUGAGGCAGCAGCAUGCUGCCCUCUGGGUUUCACGUAG